GUAAAUCCUCCUGGUGCAUCCUCACAGUCUCCACACCCCUUUCCUGCUGAGCCUGAUCCUGACUCCAGUACAAACACGGCAGCACAUGCCAAAGAGCCGUGGCAAGGAUCUCAGGCUUGUGGGAGCCACGCUGGUGAAUCGUGGCUCGGGGCCUGACUAAUAUUACCUAGAGAGGUGUUGCCUGAGGGCUCUACCUGGGCAUAGACUCCACCCCACUGACAGCAACACAGAGCGAGACAGGCAUACAGGACCGAUCAGAUACAACGCCCGUAGUCCUCGCACGCACUUCGACACCGACCACGUCGUCGUCCGGGGCCUAGGACGACUUCACGCAGUCCAGAAGGUUCACUCGCCGUGACCACCGCAUCAGAGCAGGUGAGUGAGUCUCGUCUGCAUACCGAGGUUUAAAUGUGUAGCCAAGUGGAGGUUAGACGUGACUGAAACAAGUCUAUCGAUGGUAGGAUCCGGUCAGGUAAUUUAAUGCGGUAUAUUCGGUUGCCGCAGGUGUUUUUUUUUUUACUUUGAUGAAGGAGUAAAUCCACCUGUUACCCAUGGGGCUGUACUGCAAACUCUUUAUAGAUAAUAGAUCGUUUUAACAGUUAACGGAAACACUCGUAAAUAUCUAAUACCUUACUUUUGGACUACUUGGGCUUGAUUAUGCAUUUAAAAACUACUUUAAGAGUGUUUAGAAAGCUUAAAUUGGUGUCAUUCCCCAACCUGUCCGAUCACUAUAGGGCAUAAAGUGGCAUUUAGCUUUAAACGAAAAAGUCACAGAUUAACACAAAAGGAUUUUUUUUUUAUCAAUGGUUUGAUUGGAUUCACUGUAAAACCCUUUCACUACAGUAUACUUUAACAGAAUUUAUUAUUACUUGACUAAUACACAUUUUAAUAUAUUGUUUUGUCAGCGCAAGAUAUUCAGGCUGUAAAAGACAUUCAAAAGAUGUCUAAUAAUAAUAAUGACAAGAAACUGAAAAAUAGGUAUUUCACAACAGAAACUUCUUGAAGCAAUUUUAUUCCUUGGGAGGGAGCGGCAGAACUAAUCCAAAACUGGACUGGCAACCUUUUGUGACAAUGCAUGACAAGCAGGUUCCUUAGGGCAGUGUCUUAAACAACAGAGAAUUUGCAUGUAAUACUUCUCAAGGAAAAGAAAAAAAAAGAAAAGAAAAAAAAAACAAAAAAAAAAAAAACGAGAUCCGCACCCUUCCAAUACCAACCCUGAGGCUUCUAAAUCUUCAGUCUUCUUAGGGCUUUAAUGAAGCAUUCUGUUGCAUUGCUUUUGCACAAAUUAUUGAACUAAGCAUGAAGCUCUCUGUAAAUCUGGAUCAGAAGUCGCAGAAGUCUUAAGUCAUCAAGAACCCAGAGGUGCAAACUGAGCAGUUCUUAAAUGCUUCUUUAAAAAAAAAAAAAAAAAAAAAAAAAAAAGAAUUCAUCAGUAUGGAUUAACAAGCUUUUGAAACCCAUCAAGUACCGUUAUGAUCACUAAUCAGCAGCAGGCAGCUUCCUGUAGUCCUGAAUGCAGGUAAGAUCAUCGUGUGUGUGUGUGUGUGUGUGUGUGUGUGUGUGUGUGUGUGUGUGUGUGCACAAGUGGCGUACAGGUGGGGUUACGGAAAGCAGGUGUCUGCCGUUUCCCACGCCGUCAGAAUAGGAUUUGAAGGAGAGGAGCAAGUCUCCACAGGCCUGCGAUUUCUUCGUCAGAACUGCUCCUACCUGUCGCUGCGUCUUGGCCGGGAGUGUGCGGCAAAUCAAACAAUCAGCAAAGCGCAAGCCAAAAAGCCCUGGGAAAAAAACUGCCUCAGUGUAUGCAAAACAGGCACCAUAGUUUGAAUGUGUACUGACUAGUUGCCAAAUAGUACCCCAGGCGAAAAAACGCAGAUAGCCCCCGGGGAACAGUUCACAUUAGAUCAAGAUAUAAAAAAACAAAAACAAAAAAAACAACAACAGUUAUUUAACAAAAAUAAUGGUGGUUUUACCUUUCUUUCUUUCUUUCAGGACUGAUAAACCUCAACAGGGCCAACAUGGAAACCCGACAAGAGAGAAAACCGAAGAAGCCACAUUACAUUCCCCGUCCUCCUGGCAAGCCCUUCAAGUACCAGUGCUUCCAAUGUCCCUUCACAUGCAACAUCAAGUCCCAUCUCUUCAAUCACAUGAAGUACAACCUGUGCAAGAACUCCAUCUCUCUGGUGUCUCAGCGUGGGGAGCAGACAGGGAAAGCAUCCAGAGUUCCACAGCGCAGCACUUCAUCCAAUCAAGUACACACGGAACCAUUGAUACCUGCUAAACCCAGUCCGAUCCGACCGGACCACCCUAACGGCAAAAUGAGGAUUGUGGAAAAGCUGGAUGAGUUGGCCAUCCAAGAGGUGGAGGGGGGAGAUAAUAAGGAAGGAAAUGAGAGUCCUGCGAAGAAGGUUACAGAAAGUUCUUCUGAGCUGAUCAGCAGUGAAAGCAAGGACCCAGGAACCGCUGAGACCAUGAUUAAGUGCACUUCAUCGUCUGCCUUUUCUCCUGUUCAACGGAAAGGUGAAAACGUGGAGGCUCAGCCUCCACGUAAAGCAGAUCAGCCCUCUUUGCUUGUCCCUGUUCGCCCUUCUUUCCACCCUUUGCCAACCUGGGGCCAGCGAGCCACUUCUGCACCCCUCAAACCCCCUGUAGAACACCCACCGUUCAUGCUCCCCGAAAGAACCACACAUGCCUUUUACCAAACCUAUUUGCAGAAUCAAAACAUCCCACCGGCCUACUGUCUGAGCCUUCAAGAGCACAACAGACCCCUUCUACCAGCACCACUAAUCCCACCCAGUCACCCAUCUCUACUUCAACCAUACCCCUACAGAUACAGUCAUCCCUUUCUCCAAGUUCCACCCUUACCUUACGGUGUUUAUCCUCCUGAACACGUGCCGUCGUUACAGGGCCAGAGGUACAUCCCCAUGGAGAUGUUCGCCCACGGUUUUGAGCCCAGGGACUAUGGAAGGUACCUCUACCAUCAGCCAGGCUCCUACAGCAGGCCGUCAGAAGCCAGAGGGAACCAACAGCACGGAGGAGACAGGGCCACUCGGCAGAGCCCAAUGGCAGGCUGCGCUGCAUCGGGGUCUCCGGACAGGCCGAGCGUUACAGAUAUCAAUCAGCACCAUUCCAUCAACCCACAGCUCUCUGCUCUUCGUGAGCCACAGCCUACCUACCAAUCAGACUGCACCACAACAGGAAGGGGGCCAGUGACAGAACCAGAGAGAUUAUUGAGGAAUCUGUGUACCAAACAGCAAGACAGCAGCACACAAAAGCAAAGAAGUUCUGUGCGAUGCUCUGGCUCCUUAUCAGAGGAAGCUGAGGAGGAAGACAGUGAUGACGCAGCAGCUCCACUAAAUCUGUCCAAGAAGGACCAGAACAGAUCCGUCCGCACGCCUGACCACAUAUCUGACGAAGAGAUCAACUCGGAGUCAGAAAGCGAUGAUGAAAGUGAUGAUGCCCCUCUAGACCUCUGUCUCCGUGACCAGUCCAAUAACCCGGUCCAGACAGGUGCUACCACGAGCUCAGAAGGGGUCCCUGAACAAGUCGGUGUCGGACAAGAUCAGACAAUUUCGUCCGAGCAAGAGCAGUGUGAUCGCAGACACUCCGCAGCAUUCGCCCUCUGCCAGCUGGCCAGCUCCAGCAACGUCAAUACCACUGAACUUCCUUCAGAACCACACACGGACACUCAAAGUCCAAGCUACCAGCAACGUCCUGCCCCAGACCAGGCUCCUAAUGGGGACACUACUGACACAGGCAGGUCUGAGCAGAACAGUGCAGCCCAGGGGAAGAAACGAGCAAGUGACAAGGCCACAAAAACAACGAGCAAGAGAGCGAGGGCGAACGAGCCGGUCCGGGACAAGAGGAGGAGAACCCAGAACUGCUGAUCGGCAUUCAAAGAGGGAAGUUUCGGGGCGCCGAUUUCGAACGCGAGCUUUUGAGCUGGUGAACGUUGCAGAGCAAUUACAGACUUACCUUUGUAGUAUGUAUGUUUUGUAUAUAGCUGUUAUGUGCAGCAUCCUUCGAUAAGUCAUACUUCAGAGUGCAUGUUUAAACUGAUAUUGUACUAUUAUGAUGUACGUUCAACCAUUUAAUUUUUUGUGCAGUAAAUAAAGUGUUUGUAAAACAUA